UGCUAUGACUCCCGUAGCCCCGCCCCCCCGCUGUCCCUAGCGCCGCUCCCGGGGCCCAAGCGGCCCCGGCUGCCUCCCGCCCCCGCCGCAUGGAGGAGCCCGCGCGGGAAAAAGUACAGGUGGAAGACAUACUUGAGAGGCUCAAGGAAGAAGGAAUCGACCCUUCAGCUUCUGCAGAUGAGCAACUUUGUUAUGUUUGGCAAUUAUUCCUGUGUAAUGAAGACAAGUUACGGUCUGCUAGUCAGGACUUAGAGAACCUUAGACAACAGCAAGCAGAAGAAAUGAGAGAGGUGGAGAAUUAUGUGGGCCAUGUCCGUAGCCUCACAGCAGAGCGAGACGCUUUCACCACUGAGUUUGAAAAAGAAAAUGAACAACUCAAAAUUGAGUUUACACAACUGCAACUCCAGCAGGAAGCCCAGCUGAAGGAGGUGGAGGAAAUGCUGGAACAGGAAGGCUUGUCUGAGAUAGCUCACAGCAGUCCCAGCGAACAGAUUGCUUAUUUACUGGUAGAAAGAACUACGCUGCUGGAGAAACUAGAGAUUGCAGAUCAAAAGCUGGAUUCGCAUAGCUACAUAGAUGGACUGUGUGCAGCACAACUUCAGGAUAAGUUUGAUCAUAUCCACCAGACGUUAGAAGACGAACUUCAGCAACAACGCGAAUCCAUGCAACAUACUAAAGAGACAAUGAAUAAGUCCCAUAAUGAAGAGCUGGAAAGAGAGAAAGUGUUACGAAAGCGGGUUGAGCGAGACCUGGAUGAGGCCGCACGGAGGCUGCAGAUGGCUCACGAAGAGAUCCGCAGGCUAACAGAUGAACUGGACAUGCAGAAAAAGGAGCAAAGCAAACCGGAUCCUGCUUUGCGGCUGGCCCCACAAGCAUCUGAGAGCUGGAGAGAAGAGAUGAAUAAGCUGAAAGAAAGUGAUAGGACUGAGCUGCAGAAGGCCAUGGAACACAACAACAGACUGGACAAGGAAAUUCUAGCAUUGCGCAGUCGGGUCCGAUCGCUUGACUCUGAGAGAAAAGUGUUCCUAGAACUGGUUGAAAAGCUCAAAGAAGAGAUUUGUGAGUAUCAAAAGAAUGAGAAACCGGGACUUGUAUUGCCUGGAAUGGAUGAAACAGAAGAAAAUGCAUGUUGCUCACUGCAGAUGCAGGAGGAAAAGGAUCCAGCGAGGUUUGAAGAAGAGUGUGCUAUAGACAACGCUGACUCAGGACAGGAAAGAAGAGAGCAGAAUAACGAGACUGUCCAUAAAAGGUGCCGAAAGGUAAUAGACGACAUCGAAGGCAGGAAUUUUCAGCUGCUGCACAAGCUACAGAAGCUGCAGCGGGAACACGAGGAUUUGGUUGAACGUAAUGAAGAGUUAGAAUCGAUUCUGGGAGAGACUCAGAACCAAACCAGAGAAGAGAGAGAACAUCUUGAGGGUGAGAUCGAAGGACUUCACAGGAAAAUCACAAGUUUAGAGACGGAGUUACUCCGAGCACAGAUGAAUAAAACUGAAGCCAGCAUGAAAGAUCAAGAAACAACUAAAAAAGUGCAAGAUUUCCAAGAGAUGCUGAAAAGCCACCAGGAGAAGGUUGAAGUACUUGAAAGUAAAUUAUCAGAGGAGAGAGAUUGGAGAAAGCAACUUGCAUCUGACCUUGAAAAGACACAGAAAGCUUUGAAGGCUGAAAAAAAGGAAUUACAUAAUUCAAAGUUGGAGCUCGUGAGUCUUUAUAAUGAGCUCCAGAAUCUCCGAGGUGCGGCAGAAGAAAGAGAUUUCCUUAAUGUAACCCAUGAGAAACUACAGCACGAAAAUACUUCAUUGGAAACAAAGGUCUCGGAGCUCUCACAGGAAUGUGAACAGUUAAACCAGCUUGUAGUGAAACAGAAAAUAGAUGAAAACUUUACAACCAGUGAAACGACAUAUGAAGAGCUUCUGACUAAAGCAAGAAUAUUGGAAGAACAGAUCCAAAUCCUGGGAGGGGAGAGAGAGCAAUUAUGUACCAAGCUAUUAGAGAGCAACAAGAAAACCAAGGAGUUAGAAAAGGAAGUGAAGGGGAGCAACGAAGAAAAACAACUGUUACUGGAAGAAAAUGCCCAGCUAAGACAAGACAUCCUGGCUACAAGGGAACAAUUUCACAGCAAGAUAGAAGAGGCUGUAAGCAUUAAAUCUGAGACGAGCCAAGAGAACCAGCCACUCAACCCGCAGAGCUCUGAAUGUAACACAGCAUUAAACAUGAGCAUUAAACAGUAUUUGUCUGGAGAGAGACUCCUGCAGCAGCAUCAGGAGGAAAUGCAACAAUUGCGACAGGAUUUCCACAGAGUUCAGAAUUUGUGCAGCUCGGCUGAGAAAGAGCUGAGAUAUGAAAGGGAGAAAAACUUGGACUUAAAGAAGCAUAAUAUCUUGCUGCAGCAAGAAAACACCAAGGUCAAAGCUGAACUGAGACAAGUCCAGUUGAAGUUAACCGACUCAACCAAAAUGUGCUCCUCUCUCACAGUGCAAUGGGAGCACAGUCAGCAGAAGGUCAAAGAACUUGAACUAGAGCUGCUGAAGCACGCCCAGAGUAGUAAACUGCAGAGCAGUCUGCAGGAGAAACUUGCACUGGAGAAAUCUAGGGCUACUGAUGCAGAGAAAAAGGUAAAUAUACAACCUACAUUGCAUUAGUAUCAAAUCUGCAUUCAUCAGUUUAGGAAGCUCCUGGAGCAGCAUGCGGAGGAGCUGCAGCAACAGCUCAGACACUCGCACGAGACUGAGACUUUGCUGGCCAAGACUCAUGCUGAGCUGCAGGUCAGGUUUCAGCAGCAGGAGGCACAACUGCGUAUAUUAGAGGAGGGGAAAAAAACAGCAUUAAAUGAGCAUCUCCAUUGUCAAAAAACCAAUCAGAACCUUUCAGAGCAGCUGUCACUGUUGCAGCAAGAGAAGGAAACCCUCCACGAGGAAUAUGAUCGUCUCCUGAAGCAGCUCGAUAUCUACGUCAGGAAACACAAUGAGCGGCAACUCCGCCAUAAAGCCAAGCUCCGCAGAGCCAAGGAGACGUUUGUUCAUGAAGUGAAGCAAAGAGAUGUGAGGAUUAAACAGCUUGAAAGUGAAAUUGUGCUGUCCAGGAGCCAGACGGGAAAGGAACAUGCAUUGAUCAGACAGAUCACCACGGAGAAUGAGAAUUUGCUCCAAGAGAAAAGAGAACUCUUACAGCAGCUUAAUGAACAGGAAGAAGUUGGACGGAACAACAAAUGGAUCAUUUCCACAAUCCAGAACAGAGUGCAGUUCCUGGAUGAAGAAAACAAGCGACUCCAGGAAAGCACCCUGCAACUUUCCAGUCAGGUUGGCGUUCUGGAACGUACUCUGAGGAACAUCCAGACCCACAGCUUAGAGGACUUCAGGAGCAUUGGCUUCUCUGAAUGCCAGCUGCUAAGUAAGAUGUUGCCACGUCCAAACAUAAGCUUCUCAGCAACAGGGCUGCCAAACUCCCUUGGCAUUCUGAGAGCCAUCCAAGAUGUCAAGCCUGAAGAAGGAACCGAGACCCCAAAGUCCCUGUUUUCCUUAUCACCUUCUCAGCCUUCUGAGAUUGGUUACUUAAAUGUGGCUUCACCUGGAGACACCACAAACUUCCCAACGCAGCCCCAGAGUCCAAGCUUCGGCUGCGAUAGCGUCUAAGAGGGACUCCAAGGAGCUGCUCUCUGAUUGGACUGUGGCUGUUGGCUUCCUGUUGCAGUGGACCACGCGUCCAGCCAGAUCAGUAUGUGUCCAAUAACUCGUUCAAUGAAUUUGGUGAGUUUUCUCAGCUGUUAUUUGACAGCUGUUGUGUCAAUCACUUGCCCAGCUCUAGCAUCUCAUACCAGAUCGCCCUGUAAUUUUUACAUUCACAGAUUUAAUUCAUUAAAAGGUUUUUUUAAAAA